AUGCCGCACGUCCGUGAGUGUUCAUUCACAUAUCCGUGUGUGUUUAGACCUCAUGGCUGCGUGGCGGGCGCACGCACACACACGACUGCUGGCUUUUUGUAUGACUCUUUUUUCGUGACUGAAUCAUAGAGGACAGUGGGAGUUUAACUGAAUAAGAGAGCAGUGGAGAGAGAGAGAGAAAGAAAAAGAGAGUGAGAGGGAGGGAGGGACUCGAUGUGUCCAUACAGGCUGCGGAGUGUUUAUUUAUUUGUGCUAGAUCCCCCUUUUUUUUCUUUCUUAUUAUUUUUCAACUGAUUUUUCCAAAAUGAGGUUAAAGGUUGGAUUCAUUCUUCGAAGUUUACUGGUCAUCGGCACAUUUUUGGGGCUGGUUUUGCUUUGGUCUUCCCUGACACCGAAGGCAGGCGACGAAAACCCGUUUGCUGGCGUAAUGGCAGAAAGAGAUGCAGGUAAACUUCCCAAUAAUGACAUGGCUGACCAGUUCAAGCCAGUUGUUCCUUGGCCCCAUGUUGAAGGAGUUGAGGUUGAUCUGGAGUCUAUCCGCCAGAAAAAUGGUGACAAGCCAAACCCUGCAUUUAAAGUUCAGAACCAGCAGAAUGUCAUCCAGAAGCAAUACGUCACCUUCAAGCCCCACAACAAUGUAUAUAGUGAACCCGUGUUGAAGAAAGGGAUUCUGGGCAACUUUGAGCCUAAAGAACCUGAGCCUCACGGGGCCCAGGACGGACCGGGAGAGGGCAGCAAACCGUUUGUGCUGGGACCUGAGUACAAAGAUGCCGUUCAGGCCAGCAUCAAGGAAUUUGGCUUUAAUAUGGUAGCCAGCGAUAUGAUCUCUCUGGAUCGAACUGUCAGCGACUUACGGCACGAAGAAUGUAAAUACUGGCACUAUGAUGACAACCUCCUCACCUCCAGCGUGAUCAUUGUCUUCCAUAAUGAGGGCUGGUCCACCCUGAUGAGGACGGUGCACAGCGUCAUCAAAAGAACCCCAAGGAGAUACUUGGCUGAGAUUGUUAUGAUUGAUGACUUCAGUAACAAAGUUCAUCUUAAAGAGAGGCUGGAGGAGUAUAUAAAACAAUGGAAUGGGUUGGUCAAACUGUUCCGCAAUGAGAAGAGAGAGGGUUUGAUCCAGGCCAGGAGCAUAGGAGCCCGCAAAGCCACUCUGGGACAGGUGCUGAUCUACCUGGAUGCUCACUGUGAAGUUGGGGUGAACUGGUACGCACCACUGGUGGCCCCCAUUUCAAAAGACAGAACGGUCUGCACAGUACCGUUGAUAGAUUACAUAGACGGCAAUGAUUAUACCAUAGAGCCACAGCAGGGCGGGGAUGAGGACGGUCUGGCGCGAGGCGCCUGGGACUGGAGCCUGCUGUGGAAAAGGGUCCCUCUUAGCAGCAGGGAGAAGGCUAAGAGAAAGCAUAAGACCGAGCCUUAUCGGUCUCCUGCCAUGGCUGGAGGACUCUUCGCAAUAGAAAGAGAUUUCUUCUUCGAGCUGGGCCUCUAUGAUCCAGGUCUUCAGAUCUGGGGAGGAGAAAACUUUGAGAUCUCUUACAAGAUAUGGCAAUGUGGUGGGAAGCUUCUGUUCGUGCCAUGUUCACGGGUGGGGCACAUCUACCGUCUGCAGGGCUGGCAAGGAAACCCACCUCCUGCUCAUGUAGGCUCAUCCCCCACACUUAAGAACUAUGUGCGGGUGGUGGAGGUGUGGUGGGAUGAGUAUAAGGACUAUUUCUACGCCAGUCGGCCUGAGACUCUCACGCUGGCCUACGGAGACAUCAGCAGCUUGAAAAAGUUCAGAGAGGAGCAUCGCUGCAAGAGCUUCAAGUGGUUCAUGGAAGAGAUUGCCUAUGACAUCCCUCUUCAUUACCCACUGCCUCCAAAGAAUGUCGAAUGGGGAGAGAUCCGUGGGUAUGAAACCAGUUACUGCAUCGACAGCAUGGGCCACACCAAUGGUGGCAAUGUCGAGAUUGGGCCUUGUCACAGAAUGGGUGGGAAUCAGCUGUUCAGAAUUAAUGAAGCAAACCAGCUCAUGCAGUAUGACCAGUGCCUGACAAAGGGGGCAGAUGGAUCUGCCGUCAUCAUAACACACUGCAACUUGAACGAGCACACGGAGUGGAAGUAUUUUAAGGAUCUGCAUCGAUUCACACAUGUACCUACAGGGAAAUGCUUGGAUCGCUCUGAUGUGUUGCACAAAGUUUACAUAGCUGACUGUGACAACAAUAAGAGCUCACAGAAGUGGGAAAUGAACAACAUUGUGGCAGUUUGAGAGCUGGCUUUACUGUCUCAUGUGCUUCAAGGAUAAACACUGACUACAGCAACAGGUUUUACCUGUAUACAUGUGACUAAUGAAGUUUUAGUCAUCACCACAAUAACUCUGAACUCUGAUCAUAAACUUUUUUUUUUCUCCAUUGAGGACAAUGUUUACAUCGGUUCGUCCCCAGUGUCCGUCGCAUGGGUUUUUCUUUGGAAUCUGUGGAUUGGAGGGGUCUGCCUAACAGAAUGUUUUUUCUCUUCUGUAGAAUGUGCACAAUGUGUGCUGAGAUAAAUUAUCUAAUACCACUUCUGUUGCUGCUCCAUUAUAAAGUAAAGGUUGUCCAUAAUGUACUGGGAUGCAUAUAUUUUUUUAACACUGGAACUUCAUUAUGUUUGACAUGACAACCUGCCACUUGAACUAUUUUCGUCUUUGGCACAAUGGCACAUUUUUUUUUUUUUUUUUGCCAUAUUCUAUGGGUAAAGAAUGGGAGUGGAAAGAAAAGGGAAAUGGGACAAUGAGUCAACAAUGAAAAAAAAAAAAAGUGAUUAUUUUUGUCUACUGCAUAAAUGUUUGCUUGGUUGGGGGAAUAGGUGUUUACUUGUUUGUGUAAAUCAAUGGUCGAUUAUACUAUUCAUGGCCAAAAAUCACCAAUCUCAAGCAAGUGGAGCAAAUCUUUUAAGGGGGAGAAUGAUUGCAAUGUGUACAUUUUUGUUUGUUUUGUACAAUGUAAAUAUGAUUAUUUCUAAAUUAACAUUUUGAGAUACGGUGGGGUUCUGAAUGAAGGUGUAAAUAUCUAACUUAUAAUGACUGUUUUCUCAAGAAAAUAAAUGGAACAUUUUUACCAAUCUUGUAUUAAAGUUUUGUUUUUUCAGGUUAUAACACUGACAUUUCAACCAUUUAGAUGAUGUGGGGAUUUAACUUGCACUUUUUGUUGGUUGCCUUUUUUUUUUUUUUUAACAUUAACUACAUAAAUCACAUCUUUCUGUAUCAAACUAGUGCUUUACAUUAUUUAAUAUAAAAUUGAAACAAGUUGUUUUAAAUGGCUGCAGUCAUGAAAAAAUAACAGAUCAUGGUUUCUGUAUUUAAUUUUUUCUAACAGGGUUGCAAACCCUUUUAACACAUUAAACAAGUUAUUAGUUGACAACUUUUUUUGAGUUUCUGACAGUUUACCUUUUUUUGCACCUGGUUCUUGGAAAGUGCUUGCUGUGGAAGUGAUCACAAGCAUUUGAAUAACUACAAUAGUCUGUUCAUGUGCUGGUUAGUUUAAGGCAGUAGACUGAGUUUAUGCAGAAAAAGCAUCAGCUGUGCAGCAGUCUUUUGGAUGCAGGUGAGCAGAUGUCAAAUACACCACAAUCUAUUGUCAUUGCAUAGAACAAUAUAUCGAACCACGAGUCACACGACCAAGCAAAAGGACAUCUCAGCCUGAACAUAAAUCAUUAAUGCACUUAAACAUAACUCUGGGUACAGAUGAAGUUACAUGUGCAUUUAUGCCUUUUAUUUUUCCAGAUCAAGUUCUUUACUGUUGAGAUUAGGUUGACUUGCCAGAAAGAGGAAAUGCUAAUGACCAAACAAAGUCCAAGUAGAAACAAACCGCAGUUUAAAAUGGUAACUCAGUUUUUAUGAUCUCACAUUUGCUUCAUGGCCAGUUCACAAGAAACUAAGCCUAAUUUAAAAAAAAAAAAAAAAAAUUUUUUUUUUUUAACUUUAAUGUAAAAUUGCACCUGUUUGUAAAACAGUCACAACUGAACUCGGUUUCAAUGUAAACUAUAAGAUAUUUAGUUCUAAAUAUUGCUUAGGCAAUCAUUGAAAUUAUUCUUUAUACCUCCGUUAUGUAGUUGGUUAGCACCUGUUGCUAUGAACAAAUGCGGUCUGACAAUAUGGAACAAAUUCUGCAAAAAUCUUUAAUAAGUCAAAUGAAGUCAAAAUUGCACACAGUGGAAAGGGGAAUUGGUCAUAAUAUACAAAAUUUAAUAAAAAAAAAAAAAAAAAAAAA